UAAGGAAGUUGUUAUUUUGGAAUUAUUUUUUGAUUAUGAAACAAAGUAUUUCGACUAAUUAUUUAUUUUUUGACAAGGAAGCAAUUACCAGGCUUGCAACCUGGUUUUUGUAUACUGCAUCAAGAAAUAGAAUUUUUAGGGAUUUAAGAAAGCUUUUAUUAUUAUAAUGAGAUUAGAUUUUUUUUCCAAGGUGUGUCGAUAAGAAUUAGUUUGUGUUUAUGAAUUGUUUUUCAUCAUAUGGAAACCGAUACUAGACUUUCAGCAAGAGCGAAAGUUGUAGGACAGAUACUAUAAUUUCGCUUUCAUUAAAAAAACUUGCACAUAGAAGCGUGGGUAGCUUUAGUGGGAAAAGAGUCAGUGUUGUCAUUAAUUAUAAAACAUAAGUUAGUUGUUUAAUCGCCAGCUUGUGGAGAAAGUGCGUAUCAAAAAAUAUAACAAGGAAGUACGCGUGCAAAUAUACAAACUCAAUUAUCUAUCGAAUCGUAAAAGUAGGAUUUGUCUGCGCAGUCCGUAAAAAACAAUUUAAACUUAAAGUGUAAACAACCAAAACAGCUUACGACAAAUGUUGUGCAAGCGCCAUACCAACUUUAAUAUGUUUCAAGAUGUGUAAUUUUUAAAAUAAACUCAAUGUUUCUUACAAAAGUAAUUGUUUUUGGUUUGUUAUGUGUCUGUUUGCGGUGAAGUGAAUGUAGUUUAUCGUCUACCAGUGUAUUCAAAAAUUCAAAAUGGCGAUUUUACGGCUGUUUUGAAAUUUCUAAAUUCCUGAAAACAACAUGCAUCACAAAGUCUCAUAGAAUUAUCGCGUCAGCAUAGUUUAAGCUUGUAUAUCCAGCCUUUUGUGAUUGGGCAAGAAAUUUUCUGCAGGUCGCCCGGAUCAAAAGAUUUGUAAGAUAAAGAAAGCGAGUUGGGAUUGACGAUUUGAUAAAAACUGUUAAAUAUUUGUCUUGUACUUAGCUUUUGAUAUACCCUAAUUAUACUCAGGGUGAUUGUCAUAGUAGCAAAAUACUUUAUAAGGACAAUGUGGCUGCGAAUAGGUGAAAAAUUAGAAGGUUGAAUUAUUUCACCUAUAUUUUAUUUCAUCUGAAAAUAAGCACAAAUAUUUGAAGUUUCCCAUGAUUUUCACGACGUCCGGAAAAGCACUUCAUAAAAUUUGUCAGAUACAGUGAAAUGAGAACGUGUUUCCUUUUUGUGAACAAUAUUUUACAACUUUGUCCCUAGGCUCUUUGCACCUAUGAUAUUUCGUCUUGUCAGUAUCACAUGGCAUAGAAGAACCCUGGGACGAGGUUAAGAUAGCUGGUUAGUGCAAGAAAAGACACUCUUACUAGUAUUUAGUAAAAACUGUCUAUAAUACUAUGUAAUAUACUAGUCGUUAGUCCGUGGAAAAUUCCACGGAUUUGCCCGUCCUUUUUAUACAGCAUUGCGUACGUCUCGCUACUUGCGCAGCUAAGCUACCAUUUUGUGUGACGGACAGACGUAUACGGGUAUUUUAAUAUAGAUAGUAUAUAUCAUACAGUUGGCAAAUAUUUUACCAACGAAUCGCAAAAAAAAACAGCGUGAUAACAAAAGUAUAGGUAGAUAGUGGAGUCCAAUUUUCUACGAAAAUAGGAUUUUAAGCGUGCACCUUUCUAUCUUCGUCUCCUUGGUAAAAACUUUAAAAUCAGUGUCCCCUUUGCGUAUUUAAGGACUUCAUUCUUGCAUGACCAUCUAAAGAAAAGAACGUCAAUUCGAGUGCAUGCAAUAUACAGUCCGUAACCAUGUAUUUUACAUAACACAAGCGAUUCUGACAUUCACUGAAACGGUAGUCAUUAUUUUUAACGUGUCUAGAUAAGAAUUCUUUAGAACAUUGUUUCUAGGUUACAAUAGAAUAUCAGUAUUAAAAAUCAAAAUUCUUCCCUAAAACUGAUUCUAAGAACUUCCGGAGAUUGCUCUGCAACCUAUCUGAGUAAUGACAUGUUUUCAUCGCCCUCCUAUUGGUUGAUUAUCUCAUACGUGUCGUAAAAUAUAAAAGUAUUUUUAUAAAGGAUGCACGACUACAUUACGUGUGUUAGCGGUUGACGAUAGCUGCUGAAAUGAGGUAGAUGAAACAUUAUUCCACAAUUUCGUAUCAUCAUGAUUGUGUGUUGCGAAAGUUGCGUAACACGUGACUAAUACAAUGUGAUAUGACCUUAUAAAUAGAUACGAUAAAACAGAAAUUCGAAUUUACGGCGUAAAAUUGUGGACUGCAAUUAUCUAUAUAAGUAUUAGUCAUUACCCCGGUGAAAAUCAACGGGAGUUUUCCCGUCGCAGCAAAGUCGAUAAAGCUAUAUCGCAAUUGUUAUUUACUGCGUCAAGAUUUCGUGCGUUGUUAACACCAGUACAAACAGAUAGGUGAACAACAGCUAUUAUUAUAGAGAGUCAAUAAGUCAGUUUCCAGCACAGCCUCGUUUCCAAAGCCACUUGUCAUAACGGUCCUAGGAAAAGAGACCCUAGAAAAGAGGUUGAUCCAGUGCAAAGAGUUUUGAAUAAAAGGAAAUAGAAUAGUACAAAAAAUUACCUAUUUUCUACAUAACACAAAGGAAAAACCAAUACAGAGCAGAAAAUAUAAUAGAAGUGUUAUCUGACAAAAAGUGAUCCGGUCGAUAUGAAAUAAAACAAAAAAACAACAUCUUUUUUGUUUCAUUGCGUAAUGUCUGAUAAAAAAAAGAAUUCAUUAAUUUAUGUGUUCCGCUAUUAAUUAUAAAAACGGAUAUAAAUUGGAAUGCCUCAUUUUCUUCUAGUGUGCUUCUUCAUCAAAUCAACCUAUUAAUAACGCAUGCAGCAUCGUUAGCGUAAAAUUUACCGCGUGCUUUUUUUGAUUAAUGUCUCGUUUUAAUGAAGCUUCAUUAGUGGUACAUUAAAAGAAUAGCGUACUCUUAAUUAGUAUAAUUGUCAAUUCCUUCUUAAAUAUAUUAUAGUGAAUAUUUUUUUCGAUCAUCAACCGACUUGAGCAUUGAUUUUAAACGACUUCUCAUAACAUGACUAUGCGUCCAUUACGUUGCAUUUUUUCCAACUUCGUACGCAUUCCUCUAUGUUUACUGCUUAUUACAUGGGAUUCUGGUUGUAGUUUAAGGCCUAUUUUCAGAAAUCAAGUCACGUAGCUACUAAGGCGUGUCUUGCAUUCCUGCACGCGUCCUACCGGCAUAGCUGCGUGUAUUUCAACGGUUUUAAUUUGCACAGACGGCAUUUUAUCAUGUCUCAACUGGAGAUAUGGGUUCGAAGUGGUAAUCAGUGAUAUUGCGAAAUAAUAAGAUAAUAGAACUAAUUGUGCUCAAAAUACACGUGUAUGUAAUUUUGAUUGGGUAAACUCGCGCGAGUUAAAUAGCGUCACCAAGUGAUUAACCAACAUUGUGUUGGUACAAGAAGAACAGAACUGUGUGGUAAUCUCGCAGUGCCAUUGAUUCUUCGACCUGGUGCGGUUCAUUGCAGUAAGUUGUCAUUUUCUAUUCUUUUCUCGAUUAUUCAAAACGGUUUGACUAACAAAUAAGAAAAAUGUCUGGUUGAGCUAAGGAAAGGGUUUGAUAUGUUGCAUUACAAUGUGCUAGUACUGUGUAGGCAUAGCUUGGUACACUAAAUUGCGAGUCAGUUGCAUCAACAGAGCAUCAACAGGAUUUUAUUGCUUUGUAUAAUUGUGAGAGAUUAAUUUCACAAUUAUGGACUUGUGCAGAUUGUAUGACAAGUCACUUAAAAUCAAAAGCGUAACAAAUAUGGUUACUUUCACACCAGAUUAAAGAAACAGCUGUUUGACACUCACUUAACACAAUUGGAAGUUUAGAUUACCUACUAAUUUGUAAGCUUGAUCAGUAGAAAGCGACUUUAUUACUUUUUUAUUAACUUAUCGGCUUAAUCAAUUGUUAUUUCUCGGUGCAUUUAAAGAGUCUUUCUUGAAAUGAAAAUUGCACAGUGAUUUUUUGUUACUUUGGAUAAUUUAGGCUGUACAUAAUAAUAAUAAUAAUAAUGAUAAUUUAGGCAAAUACUGGUAACUAAUCGUUCACAUGUACGCAAUGUGAACGAUUUCUUAUAAAAAUCAAACUGUAUAUAUACUAUAUACGUAAAUCUUCAAUGUCUCUCUUGCAUUGCUUUGAUAUACACUCCACGCUUUUAGAACAUCGUUGCCAAUACAUGUAAAAUUUCUUGUCUUAUCUAUUGGGUGGUUGUUUAAAAGACCGCUUGUUAAUGCAUAUAAACAAAUGAAGCAUGACCAAGCUCGGCCGCUAUAUUCCCGCGUGUUUAAAUAAGUUUUUGCUGACCACAAUCAUUGACAACGGAAAAUAAUACGACUGCGUUCGCAUUAAAAAGCAAUUUAUUAUAUAUUGGUAAUAUAAGUUUUACAUGUUACAUGUAAGAUAUGCUAGCUUGAAGGAAGCUAAUUUGACCAAAGUAGACAAGGAAAAAAACAGACAUCUGUCUAAUUAUUUUGUGCUUACUUCUAAUCCUCUAUUGUUAAAAGAAAGAUAUAACAAUUUUUUUCAGACGAAGAUUUUUGAAUUGAUAAAUGCUAAUUAAACAUCUUGACUUUAGACAUUAAAGUACAAAUUUCAACAGACACCCAGGGGACUGUUCUCGGUCACAGGGCUGGCGAAGCGAUUCUUGAAGUAGAAAGGUUGUAACACUUGAAUCAAAAUUUUUAGAUCGCUGAUCGUCAUGAUAGUUGGCGGUUACCAGCUGCUCCUAUAGCACAAAUGUGUGUGAUGUGUGUUUAUGGUGGGAAUUGACGCUCCCCAGUUUCAUCUGCCCUAUGACAAGAACAAAUAAUUUGUAUCAUAUACUUUCUAAAAAAAUUAUUGAUAUUUGUCCCUUUUCGUAAUCCAACCAUCGUAGGGUUUGAAGAGAAAAGCUGUCACAUCACAGAAUCUUUAUUGUUCAAUAAACAAAAUAUAAAAUUUUUUAUAUUUUAAAAAUAAUGCGAAUAGUUUGUGAGAACAAAACGCAAGGCAGCUGGGAUAGUACAAGACAAGCGCGUUGUCGUAAAAGAGUUUAUUACGACGAAAAAAAAUUUACAGACGAAUAGCGAAGGGCGGUUAACUCGUCGAAGGGCGGUUAACUUGUCGAAGAGUGGCUAACUCGUCGAAGAGUGGCUAACUUAAGAACGUUUAAGGGCUACUUUUCUUCUGUUUUGUCUGUCGAUUGCUCAACAACGAACAGGAGUUGACGAUAGGACAAUUUGCAUCUUCUACUUUCUCUGGUCAUUGUCAAUGCCGAAUUCCAAUUUUGGCAAACUGACAAAAUAUAUUAGGUGCAUUCAUCCAUCACUUAUUUCAACAUUACCGCCUAAUCAAAACUGUGUACCAUAUAUUUUCCUGUUGCGAUCAUUUAGAUCCCCGUUGUUCUUUGCAAAUCUUAAUAGUUGAGUUUUGUGCAUUUGUCGCAUUUGUUCCGCAUAGUCUUUUACUGAAACUAAUAAUGCAUCUAUCAUGUUUAUCAAGUUGCAGGUCAUAAGAACUAUUAUAACCACGCUUGUCUUAUAACUUAUGUCAUUAUAAAGUUUCGUAACAAACAAUUAAAGUAAUUUUUUCCCAUGCCUUCUGAUGGAGGAAGCUUUCUCAGAGAGCGACGAAAAAGAGACCUAACCUGCGCCAAAAUCUUCGAUAUAAAAUAAAGAUUUGAAUUUGAAACAAAAAAUGACGUUUUUUUCAUAACACAUAACACUAAGCAACGAAACACUGUUUACUUUGAGAGAUAUUGCUAUCGAUAUCAAUAAUAAUUCAUUAUCACACUUGGGUAUAACAUAAAAUUGGAAGUUCACUAUAAGGUGUACGCAAUCCAAUUAGCUAAAAUUGCUGUUGGUGUAACGUCUUUUUUAAAAUUAAAAAUGGCAGACCAAGAAAGCCUACGUAGUAAACAUUUUGAAAAAAAAACUAUCCCAAUCUGAUAACGUAGGAAGUUUUCCUCUUAAUUGGAUGCUUGAAAGUUAAUUAUUAAUUAACGUACAAUGACAAUCGAGACAAGGGGGAUGCUAAUAUAGAAAGUAAGAUAUAAUUAUAUACCAAUAUUGGUAAUUAAUUACCCCCUGAUUAGACACGUAAUGUCUUCCUUAUGUUAAGCUGACAAUAUUAAAAUCAAUUGCAACACACUUUUAGAGGAUAUUAUUGUUUCUGGUUUCAUAUGAUGAUGUACAGCAGUUAAAGGAAAGCAAGCUGACAUACCAUAGAAGCUGAGUCUUGAAAAGUGAUUGUAAAGAAGACAAGAAACGCGAGAACGCCAACGCGAGUACACGUGGGUAUACGCAUAAAGGAUCAAGAUGAAAGACCAGUGCUCAGAAUUAAGAAGGCAAAUACUUGAAGAUGUGUUGGGAGAUAAUGUUGAAGAGUACGAGAACUUUAGUAAAGAAACGGUGACAGAAAAUAAACGACAACAUCGACAACGCAUCCCAUUGUGGCAAUUUCUCCUUCACUUGUUAAAUCGCGAUACGAUAGCUCGUUAUAUCGAGUGGAGUCACGAUCGUGUACUCGAGUUUCGUAUAAAAGACACAAUGGCCGUUGCGGACUUAUGGGGAUCAGUGAAAAACAAAACAGACAUGACGUAUGAAAAAUUAGGAAGAGCAAUGAGGUAUUACUAUGGGAAAAGUAUUAUCGAAAAGGUGUCAGGUCGGCGAUACACAUACCGUUUCAUAAUGUCGCGAAGAACAAAAAAAUACCUUUCCCAAUUUAUAAAUACGAGCGGUAUGACGAUGGAAAAAGUAGAUGCUGAUGCGAGUGAAGGUUUUACUGGAGAUCUGACUGUACUUGAUUCGAGUCCGGAUUCACCAGAUGGAGGGGAAUGUGACACCCCUCCAACACCGCCUCCUGUUAAAGUCAAGAGAAAAAACACUUCUGAGCCAAUUAAAAUAAAACCGGUUAAGCCUACUCCUCAGCAAACAUUCACAAAAACGAAAAUAUUUAAGCCUGAAGAGCUUUUAAAUAAAAGAAUCCAUUUUCAAUCUUCUCUAAAUUAUGCUCCUAUGUUAUUGGGGAAAAAUUGCGAUAGUUUCAUGAACAGGGACGCCGACAGACGGUCAGCAUUUAAAGCAAUAAAAACAAAUGAGGAAGCAUGCAAAACAAAGAUUUACAGAUCGAUGCCAUUACUUGACAGAAUGCAACCCACAGAACUAAAGAAAGAAAGCUUCGUAAGUUUAGCGCGCAAACGGAAGUAUCCUGGUGAUACGUGCCAAUGUUCUGCGUGUACCCCACAUGGUGGGAGUAUCAGCGAUGACGCGAGUGAAUGUGAGUCAUACGGCAGCAUGUCUCCACGAGAACUCGUCGUUCAUCAUGCAGACAUGAAGAACUAUUCAUCGUUUAAACAGUCACAAAAUGAAGAAUUUAUAAUACGAAAGGAAACGAAAAAAGAUCUUCGCGAUAAGCAAGAAAGAAAUAUUUUAGAACUUCAACAAAAACUUAAACUAAACCGAAGAGUGGAUCCGUUCAUGGGAUACGAUUAUCUUCGACACGAUACUGACACUAUACGAUACGACUCGUUAUAUGAUUCGUUGGAUGACUAUAUGUACGAUGCAAGUCAUCGAAGGCAUGCGUGGGCAGCGUAAAUUGUAUCAUCGAUAUAUAUAUAAUUCAUCAUCAUCGAUAUAUAUAUAUAUUUAUAUUUAUACCAUUUGGCACAACACUGGCCGUAUUUAAUUUUAUUACUAUGAAAUGAAUUAUUAUACAUUCUAAUAUUUUUGUGAAUAAUGUAGAUUACUAAAAUUAGUGGAAGAGUUAUGUAAAACAUACAAUGGCUUUUC